GCGACUUCAUUCACCCACGCGUGGUAAAGAAAGCCCGCUUACCCACGACAGGGUCUCCGACUCCCAUCUCCGUUACCCUAGGGGAUGACAAGACCCAGCGCUUCUUCGAUCAGACGGUCACCGACCUCCCCUUCUUCCUCACUCUCGAGCCGACUGAUCGCUCCCCGACGUCUCGUCGCCACCGCUCCUCUGCACAUUUCGAUGUGAUGGAGACGGGGUAUGACUUCAUUCUCGGCACUCCGUGGUCUCGUCGGUUCCGCAGCACCGAGACCGAUUGGGCGACCAACACUCUCGUUCUUAAAACGAAGAGUGGACAUACGUAUCGCGUACCUUUCAUAGGUACCACGGCGACACCACGCCCCGAUCCUCCUCCCCCGGAGCCUUCAAUGCCCACACCAUCUCCCUCUAUCACGGUCACCUCGCCUCGGCAGUUCGCUCACUUCUUUCGACAGGACGACGUAACCUUCUUUAUGGUGGAUGUGACGGAUCUCUUACACUAUGAUCCACCAUGUCCCGACGCCGGGCUCAUCCCUCUGGAGCCAGAUCCUCCCUCUAUCUCCAUGGCUCCCAUCUCUACUUCCGUCCCUCCGCCGUCCAUCGAGUCCACCACGCCGUGGCACGCCGACGCUGACGCUGAGGAACUUGCACGAUAUACGGCUGACUUGGAGCCCGCAGUUCGUGACCUCAUCCGAGAGUACCACGACGUUUUUCCAUUGUCGUUCUCGUACGCCGGCAUCCCACCGAUGCGUGACGUCGAGCACUCCAUUCAGCUUGUGCCUGACUAUCGUGUUCACCACCAGGCACCCUACAGACUCUCGAUCCCCGAGGCCACCGAACUCAAGCGUCAUCUUGAGGAACUCCUGAGACUGGGUUUCAUUAAGCCCAGCAACUCCCCGUGGGGUGCACCCAUCCUCUUUGCUCGCAAAGCGGAUGGAACUCUCCGUCUCUGCAUCGACUAUCGCGGUCUCAACCGCUACACGGUUAAGAACAGUUACCCCAUGCCUCGUUCUGAUGAGUUGUUCGACCGCCUAGCAGGCAACCGCUUCAUUACGAAGAUUGAUCUUCGUAGCGGUUACCAUCAGAUCCGUGUCGCUGCAGCCGACCAGCCGAAGACCGCGUUCCGAUCGCGAUUCGGCCACUACGAGUUUACGGUGAUGCCAUUCGGCCUUACUAAUGCUCCCGCUACCUUUCAGAGGGCGAUGAACGACAUCUUCAGGGACAUCCUGGAGCAGUACGUUCUCGUCUACCUCGACGAUAUCCUGGUCUACAGUCGUACCCUUGAGGAGCACCUCAGACACCUCUGCGACGUCCUUGACCGCUUGCGCAGACAUGGCUUCUACGCCAAGCUGAGCAUGUGCCGCUUUGCCCAGCACAAAGUGAAUUUCUUAGGACACUACGUGUCUGACCAGGGUCUCCACAUAGACGACGCGAAGAUCACUGCUAUUGCGGAGUGGUCCGCCCCCACAUCCGCCAAGCAGCUUCGCAGCUUCCUAGGCCUGACCAACUACUACAGUAACUUCAUCCGGGGAUACGCUAGUUCACAGGGCACCAGAGAGCCCCGUAUUUGCGUUCCCUCCACUGGACAGCUACGUGUCCGAGCAGUAACAGAGUUCCAUGACGAGGCAGUUGUCGAUCAUAUGGGCUUCCACAAGACGUUGGCUCGUGUGAGCCGCCUGUACGUCUGGCCGAAGCGCAAGRAMUUUGUGAAGGACUACGUCGCAGAGUGUCCGACCUGUCAGGAGGUGAACAGUGCGAACCACUUGCCUUAUGGUUUGCUCCAGCCUCUUCCUAUCCCUGAGGGUCGUUGGCAGUCCAUCUCGAUGGACUUUAUCGGUCCUCUUCGUCCUCCGACCCCUCGCGGUCAUGGUGCUAUCCUGGUCGUCGUCGACCGCUUCACGAAGCGUGCACGCUUUGUUCCGUGCCGCUAUGCCAUCAGUGCAUGUGAGGUCGCCGACAUCGUGUUUGACCGAGUCGUGCGUGACCACGGCUUACCUCUGAGCAUCAUAUCUGACCGUGACCCGCGCUUUACCAGUCGAUUCUGGCGACGGCUCCACGAGGUAUACGGCACYCAGCUCCGCUUCUCCUCGUCUUACCAUCCUCAGACUGAUGGUCAGACCGAGAUCACGAACAUGACUCUCGGAGAUAUUCUCCGAAAGAUUGUUCGUGACGACCAGCAGUGGGAUCUUCAUCUUGCCCACGCGGAGAUAGCCUACAACCACGCCGUCUCGCCAGCCACGGGGAUGUCGCCUUACUAUUGCGACCUCGGCUAUCACCCUCGUGUUCCCGCGGACUUUCUUCGACCGUCACAGAUGCACCCCGACACAAGUUGUCCCGCGCUGGAUGAUUGGGUUGCACACAUGACGUCGAUCAUGAAGACCGCACAUGAGCACAUAGCCGCUUCCCAAACUCGCAUGGCAGCACAUGCGAACCGAUCGAGGAUGAACCAUCCAUUCAAAGUCGAUGAUGAUGUGCUUAUCGACGCCCGGCACUUACAGCUCGAAGCGGACACGCUUCGUAAAUUUCGGCGUCGCUUCUUUGGCCCAUGACGCAUCCUCCAGGUCGUCGGUUCUGAUACGGCAUCUAGCCCGGUCAG